GUUGAAUCAUGGCCGUCUAUGGACAUGAAGACGGUUUGCUAAUUCAUAGAGAAAUCAUUUACUGUGUUUUAUGUAACAUUCAGAUGAUCUAAACACGGAAUUGAUCAAGUAUUUUAACGUCGCUUACUGCAGACAUAACAUAGUUGAAUUGACUGUGACCAGCGUUUUAAAAUAAGUACUUUAUUUUGACAAGUCACCAUCUUUUUUUACACACACACAAUAAUGUACAGUUCGUCAUCAAAAGGGCACCUGAGGUCGGAGGAUUGUUCUGGAAGCAGCAGUAACUUGUUGAUCCUGCAGAGACAUGAGGUGGACAUAAACGUUAGUCUGUUAAAUCUGGCAAGCGAGGAGGACGAUGAAGUCCAGUUUGACACUUCUGACACAGAUAAUAACCGUGAGGUCUUGAUGGCUGGAAAACAUUACCCAUCUAUCCAAGAAUUUGCCUCCGCGAUCCCCAACCACCUCCUCCUGGGCUCUCUCCUGGAGCACCUGUGCUUCGUCUAUGAGACAAACCCGGCUCGCUCACGUACGCUGUUCAAAGUCAUUGGCCAGCGUUUAGCCGCCCUGAACCUCCUCUCACCUUUAGCCUUCAGUGAUGAGUUCAGCACGGUCAGACUGCAGCACAACCGGGCCUUCACCGAGCUGCUGCAUGCUGCCAGCUCCUCGCUGUACCCACAGGGCCAACAAGGUCUCGGGUCCAACACGCACAAUCCUGCUGUAAGACCUAAGGAGGGACUGUUUCAAGCGCAGACAUCCCGCUAUCUAAGUGAAUUUGAAGAAAUGCUUUGUCUUGGAAAAGGAUCAUAUGGAAAUGUUUUUAAGGUUAUGAACAAACUGGAUGGACAGUAUUAUGCUGUGAAGAAAAUCCUCAUCAAAAAAGUUUCAAAGGAUGACUGCAUGAGGGUCCUCAGAGAAGUGAAAGUGUUGUCCAGCCUGCUUCAUGUGAAUGUUGUGGGCUAUCACACUGCGUGGAUGGAGCACGUUCAGCCCGCAGCAUAUCCUAAGUCCCUGCUGCCUGCACUGGAGUCACCUGAAAAAUACGACAGCUCUGUUGUGAGCUCUGACAGCAGCAGCCACUCUUCAUCAAUAGUUUUCCAAAGCCAGAGUCAAGCAGCUACAGAUUCAGAAGGGAAUGAUCCACCAAGAGAGACGGAGCCCGUCACAGCUUUAGUCCCAACAGCAGAGAAUGGCCAGGUGGUUUGUCCCAAAAUGAUGCGGCGGAUUCCCAAUAACUACGUCCCCUGUGUGUUCCUGGGACAGCGAGGACCCCCGAAGAGCUCCAAAUGUCCCGCCAUGAGCAGCUCAGCGCUGUUAGAGGACGGGUCCAGCAGGAACAGCAUCGAGCUGAACAACAACUCCUGCAUCGACAACGAGUUCCAGGAGUGGGCUGAGCAUCGCACCACAAAGCCUUCUAAAGAGGUCCAGUUCCACCUCAUGCUCUACAUCCAGAUGCAGCUUUGCGAGCGCUCGCUGAAGGACUGGAUCUCUGAGAGGAACACCAAGCCAAAAGAAGAACAAACCCCGAGAUGUCCUUAUGGAUGUGUUGACACUGAACACACACUCAGCCUGCUGAGGAAGAUACUUGAAGGAGUGGAGUACAUUCACUCCAGAGGAAUCAUGCACAGAGAUCUGAAGCCGAGAAACAUUUUCCUCCAUGGUCAUGACCGCCAUGUUCGCAUUGGGGACUUUGGUUUGGCCUGUAAGGACAUCCUCAUGGACGGCCUUAAAAGCUCCAGCUCUCGCAGCACUGAUCCCUCACAUACCACAGGUGUUGGUACCUUUGUGUAUGCUGCACCAGAACAACUGAAGGGCUCCUUUUAUGAUUCAAAGUCUGACAUGUACAGCAUUGGAGUCCUGGCUCUGGAGCUUUUCCAGCCCUUUGGGACAGAGAUGGAGCGCGUCCGGACCCUCGGGGACCUGAGAGAGGGGAAAAUCCCAGACUCGUUCUGCCAGCGAUGGCCGGUUCUGAGUAAAUUUGUCAUGAAGCUGACGAGUAAAGAGCCAGCUGUUCGGCCCAAAGCCAGCGAACUUCUGCAGAGUGAACUCUUCUGCAGUAAAGACGUUGUGAUCCAUGGUUUGCAGAAAAAGGUUGAAGAGCAAGAGGAAGAGAUCAUGCAGCUCAGGAGACAGAUCAGUCGACUUCAGAGCUCAGAUUCCUCUGAGUCGGACAAGACUUGAUGCUUAUUGAUCAAAAUCCUCCAAAGACUUUCUAAACUUGAUUUAUUCAACCAUUGCUGUACCAUGUUUUGCUCGCUUGGUACAAAUGGCAGAGAGUGUGUGUCUGCAUGUGUACUCAUUACACUGUGUAUUGUACACCUGAAUGUAAAGGUGCAAUUAUUUAUUUUCAUUCAGCUGUUCAAUAAAAACUACUGCUGCUACAUCA